CUCUUUAGUCAGUCGAACCGGGGGAAAGUGGGCAGGACCCGGCGUGUAUUUCCGCGUGUGACUACCGUGAAGCCCCGUGGUGCGCUGCCGUCAGUCGAGGGUUUUCACUCCAACCGCCAAGUUAUCGUCUCGUUAACGGACCCUCCAAGUCACAGCUGACCGUGGUUUCAGAGAUCCAUUGGUAUCAUCCGAGAAAAUGAACAACCUCCCUCUCUCUCGGUCGGAGGUUUUUGGGGAGCUGAGGAAGGAGCUGCAUGAAGAUAAAGCGUUCGAUCAGUCCGCUCACAUCUUCAUCAUCAUGGGCGCAUCGGGGGAUCUGGCUAAGAAGAAAAUUUACCCAACUCUAUGGUGGUUGUUCAGAGACGGCCUCCUGCCAGAGCAGACCUAUUUCGUGGGCUUUGCUCGCUCUGAGCUGACAGUUGAUGCCAUUCGCACUGCUUGCAUGCCAUAUCUGAAGGUGACGGACAAAGAUACAGAGCGGAUGUCGGCCUUCUUCAAGAGGAACACCUACAUCAGUGGGAAAUAUACUGACGAGAGUUCCUUCUCCAAACUCGACGCGCACAUCACGUCUCUCCCUGGAGGGGCCGUUGCAAACCGUCUCUUCUACCUGGCGCUGCCGCCCACCGUCUACCACGACGUCACCAAGAACAUCAAGCAGUGCUGCAUGAGCUCCAAAGGCUGGACCAGGGUGAUCGUAGAGAAGCCCUUUGGACGCGACCUUAAGAGCUCCGAAGAGCUGUCCACUCACCUCUCCUCGCUCUUCACCGAGGACCAAAUCUACCGUAUAGAUCACUAUUUGGGCAAGGAAAUGGUGCAGAACCUGAUGGUGCUCAGGUUUGGGAAUCGGAUCUUCGGGCCGAUCUGGAACAGGGACAACCUGGCCUGCGUUGUUCUCACCUUCAAAGAACCGUUUGGGACUGAGGGACGAGGAGGCUACUUUGAUGACUUUGGCAUCAUCCGUGAUGUCAUGCAGAACCACUUGCUCCAGAUGCUCUGCCUGGUUGCCAUGGAGAAACCAGCUUCCACCAGCUCUGAUGAUGUCAGGGACGAAAAGGUAAAGGUGUUGAAGUGCAUUACUCCUGUGUCCAUGUCGGAUGUGGUACUGGGUCAGUACGUGGGAGAUCCGGAGGGGGAGGGAGAGGCCAAACUGGGUUAUCUUGAUGAUCCCACCGUUCCUAAAGGAUCUACUCAGGCCACCUUCACCACUGCUGUGCUCUAUGUGCACAACGAACGCUGGGACGGUGUUCCUUUCAUCCUUCGCUGUGGAAAAGCUCUGAAUGAGAGGAAGGCCGAGGUGCGGCUGCAGUUCACAGACGUCCCGGGGGACAUUUUUGGAAAUCAGUGUCGCAGGAACGAGCUGGUGGUGCGCGUGCAGCCCAACGAGGCCGUCUACGCCAAGAUGAUGAGCAAGAAGCCGGGCGUCUACUUCAGCCCUGAGGAAACGGAGCUGGACCUCACCUACAAGAGCAGAUACAAGGAUGUGAAGCUUCCUGACGCUUACGAACGUCUUAUUCUGGACGUCUUCUGUGGGAGUCAGAUGCACUUUGUACGCAGUGAUGAACUAAGGGAAGCGUGGAGGAUCUUCACACCUCUUCUGCACCACAUUGACAAAGCGAAGCCCAAACCCAUUCCUUACGUAUAUGGAAGUCGGGGCCCAGCUGAAGCGGACGAACUCGCAAAGAAAGUUGGAUUUCGCUACGAAGGCACUUACAAAUGGGUCAACCCUCACAGACUUUGAAUUGUGAUGAGAUGAGGGAGGAUUAGAUGUAGGGGUAAUUCAGUUGUAUCAUCAUGUUUCAUUUGUGGAGUGUUGAGGACAGAGGCGUUUCCACUCUGGAUUUAUCACAGUAGCUGAAACAAGCUAUUAUUUCUCAGGUAUGGCAAAUAUUCUUUGGAACCAGUUCAUCAGACAUUCAACAAAAACAAAAAAAUCCAUUUAUGCCAAGUUCUUGAAUUUAAUUAUUAAUUCUUCCACAUUAUAUUAAAGAAGCAGGGCCGUUUGAGUUAGAGAGGGAACAAAAUACCAUGUCUGAUACACUGGCCCUGGAUGGUAAACAGAAUGACUGAAGAACAAAAGCAGAGCAGCAACAACAAACUCCUGCGCUGAGCCCUGCUGACUCAUUGUAAGCAGCGCACCAAAGAUGGUACUAGAUCACUGCAGAGACUAUUGUUCACCAGUGUGAUUGUGAUACCAUUAUGCUUCGACUGCAGUUAUUAAUCACACUUAGUGGCAUUUCUUUGUACAACUUGCGCACUCUUGUCUGCCUCCUCUUUAAGCUUUAUGUGCUAGAGGGCACCGCGCUCAUACUGGAAUAGUCUUAAGAGUCCUUGCAAGCGUACAAGCGUCGUCUGGUAGUAGCCUUUAUCCAAGCUUCCUUUAUGUUUACAUGUUGGUUUGUUUUUUAGGUUUAUUUAAGCUGCUGAAUGUAAAGCUAGCUACACCACCACUACUUGUGAUAAACUAACUUUGCUUCUCUAA